AAUUAUCUGGCAAAAUAAACAGAAAUGAUGGAAAUGCCUUUCGUUUCAACCAAAAUGUUGUUUGCUUUAACGAUCUUGAUUUACUUUGGUGGAAAUCUGAUCAAUUGCAAUGAAGAUAUUCCCAUUUGUGACGAGCAAUUAAAACAACUGAAAGAAGACGUGAAAGACUGGGAAAAGAGAUGCGUGAAUGAAAGUCUGGAAAACUUGGAUGAAAUUGAACGAUAUUUUACUGAAAGUCAACGAUCUGACAAUGAAACUCAACGAUAUUUCAAUGAACGUCGGGGAGAGAAUAAUUCCCCUGGUUGCACCGCAGAAAAAGAAUAUCUCCAGGAGAGAAUGCGUAUGCAGUCAGAGAUGUGCUUCUAUGACGGACCUUAUCCUGAGCAAUAUAUGUUCUUGGCGAACGACACUGCAAUCUUGGCUGUCGAUUUAACGACGCUAGAUGAAACAGUCGUCGUAGAUGGAAAAGGAAGUAUAUAUACGCUGGACAUUGACAUGAAAAAUAAGAAAAUAUAUUUUGCGGAAUGGAGGAAAGAGAUUCGUCGGGUAAAUUAUGAUGGAACUUCUGAAGAAAUCGUUGUGAAGGAUGCUAAGACACGGGGAUUAACAAUUGAUUGGAUAGGACGUCGUAUAUUCUGGAGUGAUGACUGGAAGAAUAUCAUUAACGUGGCGACUUUAGAUGGUAAAGACAGCAGAACGCUGAUUAAAACUCCCAGGCCUCGGGAUAUAGCAAUUGACCCCAUCGAAGGUACAAUAUGCUGGAUUAUCGAUCAACAAAGAUUCCCUUAUUCAAGGCAGGCUUUAGCUUUUGCAGGCAAGUCAGUUUUAACUGCAUUCACAAACAUUGAGAAACAUGAUGUUCAAUUUUUCUAAUGUCAAUAGCAA